UGAAGAAGUAGUUUGGAUCAGCUUAAGAUUUGGUUAUUUGGUUACAAAAGUAGAUCUGGGAAUCCUGCAUGUUACUGGAUCAGUAGAGGGGCAGUAGAAUAUUUUGUUGCCUAACUUCAUUUCUGCUCUUUUACAUCUUUGACUGUAUUUAAAAUCAGCAAACGUUAAGGAGUGACUCGAGUGAAUUAUGUCGGGUUGUGGCUGCAAUUGAGCAGAUGAUCUUUCAGUAACAUGGAACUGGAUAUUAUGUGGUCUAUCAAAAUGAGCCUUGUGGAUAUUACGAAGAUAUUUUCCAUGUUUCAGCCAACUGAAGAAGAAGGCAAUGGAGAAAUAAGUCACUUAAACCAAGCAAUCUCUAACGAUGAUGACAAACUACUAGCUGAACUUUUAUCUCAGGAAAGGUACAUGAGAUUUAUCAAUAGUCGAAGUGGGUGGGGUGUUCCAGGCACUCCUCUACGUUUAGCAGCUAGUAUGGGUCACCUAAAAUGUCUGGAGGUCCUCCUCGCCCAUGGUGCUGAGGUGGACAGUUUAGACGUGAAAGCUCAAACACCUUUGUUCACUGCUGUUAGUGGUAAGCAUUUAGAUUGUGUCCAAGCUUUGCUUAGGGCUGGAGCUAAUCCUAAUGGUAGUAUUUAUAACAACAGUUCACCUCUUUUGAUUGCUGCAAGAGAAGGGGAUGUGGAGAUUUUAAAGGAACUGCUGGAUCAUGGAGCAGAAGUCAAUGUUCGUUGCAAAAUGCCAAAUUGGGCCUACAAUCCCUGUGCUUGCAGUGGUCCUCUCUACCUUGCUUUGGUUUAUGGACACUUCGACUGCUUUCGUCUUCUUCUGUUAUAUGGAGCCAAUCCAGACUUUAACUGCACUGAGGAAAAACUACUGUCAAGAAUUAAAUCACCAAAGACAGCUCUGGAGAUGUGUUUUAAAUAUGGCUGUGGAACUGAGUAUGUCCAGUUGCUCAUAGACUUUGGAGCAAAUCUUUAUUUACCAGAUCUGUCAGCAAGUAAAAAUAUAAAGCAAAAUGAAGUGCUUAAACUUCUAGACAGAGCCAGAGCUCGGCCAAGGUGCUUGAUGUCACUUUCCAGGAUAACCAUCCGCAAAUACCUCAAACAAGCAAGUGGACUGCAUUCCAUUGACCAAUUGAACAUACCCCCAAUUCUAAAAGACUAUGUGAAACAUCAUCUGAGUUGACUGUUAUGUUUUUAGAAGCAUAUAUGGUUUGUGUUUGGUAGAGAUGAGAUCAAUUUAGCCAAAAACCUUUCUUUAAAAUGUAUGAUUUUAAAAUUGUGAUUUCACAUCUGUCAUAGAUAGAGCAUUUUAC